GCACGAUUGCGGUAGGGCGUGCAGCGGUAGCUACGUUAACGACGGCGACGGCAACAGCGGCGCUCCACCGGUAGCGGCUGCGGCGGUGGCGACGACGGCGACUACGGAUUUGUUUUGCCUAGUUUUUUUUCCCACCGUCCUUCGUCGGUUAAUACGAUCGUAACGAUCAACGAGCGCGGACUAACCGCAACGCCAAUCUAUAAUACCUAGUACAUAUACUAAUAUAUAAACACAAUAUUAUUGUUUCAUAACACGUCACGUCGAUUGUCUGCUCGCGAUGACCAGCGUUUCGGAAAUCCUGUCGUACGACAAGUCGUCGGCCCAAGACGACUACUACCAAAUGUUGGGAUGCGACCAGACGUCCACGGUGGAACAAAUAAGCACAGAAUUCAAAGUAAGAGCUCUUAAGUAUCAUCCCGAUAAAAACUCCGGUGACAAGAAGGCGGAAGAAACGUUCCAGAAACUUAAUGAAGCUAAAGAAACGCUGUGCGACCCGGAAAAGCGGGCAACUUACGACAAAUGGAAGAACAGCGGCGUGGCCGUUAGCUAUAAAACGUGGCUGAGCAACAAAGAACAUUUCCAACAAUCUAUGCACUGGGCACAAAUGAACACUAAAGAUAGAAUGCUUCCGGAAGGUGGUGAAGGGGCUUCGUCUUCAAUGGCGUCCAGGAGAGCAUCUGAAGGUGGAGUGAACUUGGGAGCCAACAAAGUAAAAUGGGACGCAAAGUCUAAUGCGGACAUUAUCAACAAGUUUCGCAAUUACGAAAUAUAAGUUGCGUAGGUGUUAUCUACGAAAAAAAAAACAUUCCUUCAUCAAAUAAAAUAUACUUUUAACAUGAUAUAAUAUAAAUUCCAAUAAUUUGUACUACAUACUAUAUUAUAUACAUACCUAUUAUACUGACUCUUAUAAAACACAUCUUUACCCGAGGGCCUGAGAAGCAAAACACGGUAAAUAAUAAUUAUAACUGCACCUUAAAAUCAACAAUAUUACUAUUAUUAUUCGAUUACGCUUACUUCUAAUAGGGUAUAAAAUGAAACUUUUUAGGGUAAAUUAGAGUGAAUUUUCUUCUCGGACCUUCGAAUUAAUUGAAUCUCAAGAAUUUCUCUUCUAGUUAUUUCUAAACAUUAUGAUUAUACUCUUCAACUAUUGUCUAGUCAUCAAACAGUAAAUGAUACGUCAUAACGUUCACAAUUAAUUGAAUGCUAUUUUAAGUCGAGUACUUCGAGUAGAUUAUGUUACUCAAACCUAAUUAAUGUAGUUUGAUAUCAGUCUCACAAAACACAAAUUAAUUGUAACAUCGCGCAAUUCUGUGUUUCAAAGAUGUAAUACUAAUAGGUAUAAUAUGAUAAUAUGUGUUAUUCUGUUAUUAUAAAGUUAGUGUAUUUCUAAAACAAUUAGCUAAGACACCGUAUAAUACUCAUAUAGUAUUGUGUUCUAGUUUAUUGUAUUGUAUUGUAACGUUUACAAACCGUACCUACCUAUAUUUUAUAAGUUAUCGGUGGUCAUUCUUGUGGACCAAUACGACGUAGCUACGACCUUGUGCAUUACUAUUUAUUGCGUUUACCUAUUUAUUAUAUUAUAAUACUAAACUUAGUAUAUUAAUAUACUUGACUGUAUUGCCAUUUCGGUGAGAUAUCGUUUCUCAAAUUUGUAAAAAUAAAAAUAUACAUAUUAUGAAUACAAUA